AUGAUAGCAGAUCACGCACCCUUCCCCUUGUGUACCGCCCUCGAUCAUUUAGAUGCCACACUUCAGUCGCCAGAAAAAGUCUUUCCAAAAUUCCCUCUGAUGAGCUACGCUCGGACGGUGAAACCCCUGAGUGGCAUCAGCCGUCAUCCCGAGGAACAGGACGAGAAGUACUGUAGGGUACGAAAGCUAAAGAAAAGCACAUAA